UGUGACGUCAUUGUUUUGGCUAACAACAAUCAUGGCGACGUGAAGCUGUAAUUAGUGUAUUGAGUCAGUGAACGGAGCUGAUUGAGUUUUUACGUCCGAGAAUUACUCAAAAACAUAUUUAAAUGCCUGACGAAAUAAACGCAGAGGAAAAAAUGGAGCCUGAUGAUGAAGAGCUUCAAGAACUUUAUAAGUGGUUAGACGAUAUUCCGCUGAGCAGAGUAAAGAAAAAUGUUGGCAGAGAUUUCAGUGAUGCAGUUCUCAUAGCGGAAGUUGUUCAUCAUUUUAAUCCACGUAUGGUGGAGCUACACAAUUACACUCCUGCAAGCUCAGCUCAACACAAGCUAGAAAACUGGAAAUUACUUAACAGGAAAGUGCUGACCAAACUGAAUUAAGUACCGGAGAGAGAUAUACGUGGCUUAAUCACAGCCAAGCAAGGGGCUGCGGAGAUGUUCUUAAUAAAACUCAGGCAAAGAAUUGAAGCUUAUCUUUUGAAAAAGAAGAGCCAGCAAGCUAAUCAGGCACAGAUGUCCCCUGAUGGAUAUCUUUAUGGGAUGGAGGUUGGUUCUGUUCCAUCGAGACCACCAAAAGCUCUCAAAGCUGGUGCAGGAAGGCCGCCAAGGGCAGCUGCACCAGCCCCGAAAGCUCCCACAGUACUCAAACCACCACAUCAAGGCUUAAGUGAUCCUCGAGGGGCAUCGUACAGGCAGCAGUUGAAUGGAGGCAUGGAGCCUGAGUUAGCGCCUGCUGUAAGAAUGGUCAUAGAGCAAAAAGAACAAGCCCUACUAGCAUCCCAAGAAACAGUGCAGAUCUUACAAGCCAAGGUGAGACGGUUAGAACAUCUCCUGAAACUCAAAGACGACAGGAUAGAGGAGCUCACGAAAUCUGUUCAGAGGGCACAAGGACAUUACUGAACCAUGUCUGUUGUGUCAAUUAAGUCUUGGGGGGGGGGGGUUCACAAAGAUCCUAA